UGCGCAUUAGGGUCCGAAACUCCGGUAGCUCAUUGUGAUUACAUUCUUGAGCAUGAACAAGCCACAUAUUUCCACCCACAUCUUGGACACUACUCUUGGCCGCCCAGCGCCAGACGUUCCAAUCAAGUUGUACAAGUUUGUUAAAAGUAAUUGGAGCUUUAUUAGUGAGAGCAAAACCCUGUCAAACGGACGCUGCGAGGAUCUCCUCCAGAUAGCAAACGCGACAUUGACAGCAGAUCGCUACAAAUUAGUCUUCGAAGUGAAGAAGUACUUCGACUCAACAACCACAAAUGCCCUGUAUCCAGAGAUUGACAUUAUCGUAGAGAUAAAGAAUGCGGAACAGAAUUAUCAUCUUCCGUUGCUAUUGAAUCCAUACGGUUACAGUACUUACAGAGGAUCUUAAACUCCAUCUGAACGUUUAUACAGAAUAAAAUAAGAUCAUUGUCAAAAUAAUAGUGAACAUUAUUGAAGACAUGUAAAUGUAUCGUCAUAAAGUCAAAUAUAAUUUUUACUCGAGAGAGAA